AUGGCUGAUACUAACGAUGAUGAGUGGCUUUAUGGAAGUGGAGGUGAUAAUCCAACAUCUGAGGAUGGUGAUGAAGGCAAGCCUGAUGAAAUUGAGCUAGUAACAUCAGCAAAAAGUACAAAUAUUGAGAAAACAUUCGAAACAUUCGAUGAGCAUAAUUUUGAGGAAGCCGGAGAUCAUGAACAGCUCGUUGCAGAAGAUUCAAAAGACGGAAAUGAAGAAAGUCAGGAAGGUGAGGAUGAUGACAGUGACGAUGACGACGAUGAUGAUAUUAAUGUUGUUAUUGGAGACAUAAAAUCUGGUGGUACUUCAGCUUAUGUUAAAGGCUCACAAGAUCCCAAACAAAAACAGCCAGGAAGCAAAUUCAAUAUUGAGGAGUUUGAGAGUGUCGGCACGAUAAAUGGACAGCCUGCAUUCGAGUUUGCAAUUGAAAGUAUUGAAGAUAAACCUUGGAGAAAACCUGGAGCUGAUAUAACUGAUUAUUUCAAUUAUGGAUUUAAUGAAGAGACAUGGAGAUCGUAUUGUGAGAGACAAAAGAGAAUGAGAAUUCACGAGUCUGGCGUUGGAUUGGCUAGUCUUACAGCUGCUCAGAAUCCACAACAAGGCAAUUUAGGUGAUAUGAUCCGACCAAAUAUUAAUAUUGGAUUUAAGAGAUUAGGAGGACCUAGAUUACCAAAGCCACCGCAUAUAGGAACAAUUGAUGUUAUUGGAGCUCCUUCACAAAAUCCAAUACGUCCACCAGCACCUAGAGAGAAUAUUAUUCAAGUCAUGACUGCAGAUCGUCGUGAAUAUUCCAGAACUGUUGUUAAUCAGCCACAAAUGCCAAUGCAAUUUAAUGUACCGCCUGAAGAUUUCUAUCAUGAGGAGCCAGAGCAGUUUUAUGGCUAUGAGCCAACACAAGAUUCUCAAGGCUGGGAUAAUCAAGGAUGGGCACCAAGUGAAAUAAAAGAAUUAACUCCAAUGAAUCAACCACCUCCAAUGAAUCCAAUGCAAGGACCACCUUUAAAUAUUCCACCACCAAUGAUGGGUAAUAUGGGUGGACAUCGAAUGCCUAUGAUGCCUCCACAACAUUCUCCAAUUCCAUCAUUAAUUGGUAAUCAAAUGACAAUGCCAAUUAAACAAGAAAUGGAUGAUAAAAGGGAUAAUCGUAGAAUGGGAAAUAGAGAUUUCAGAGAUGAUCGUAGACGUGGUGAUGAUGAUAAUAGAAAAAGAAUGCGAUCCACAUCUCGAGAUCGUGAUCCAAGAAAAUCAGAAAGAUCCAGAGAUGAAAGACCUAGAGAUGAUAGAUCACGUUCAGACAGAGAUCGCUACGCAAGGGAACAAAGUAGUCGUUCUAGUAGAAGAUCAAAAUCGCGUGAAAGAAGUGACAGAACUAAACGUUCACGUAGUCGAGAUAAAAUGCGCUCAAAGUCAAAAGAUAGAAAAGCUGAUGAUAAGGAUCGAAGCAGAUCCGAUAAGUCAAAAAGGUCUAAAAAAGAAGAUUCAUAA